CAGUGUGACAGUGCAAAAACAGUGAAAUGUGAUCAAAACAAUGAUAUUAAAUGUGAUGUUGACUUUGUUAGUCUACAUAGAAAGCAUGCCAGUUUGUUAUCAUUCUCACAGAAUGGACAUUUUGGUCAGCUUGAAAAACUUUUAAAGGAAAACCUUGUAGAUCUCAACUUUCAAGACCAGUACGGCUGGACUGCUUUAAUGUGUGCAGCAGUUGGUGGUCAUUUUGACGUUGUGCUGUUACUGCUAAAUCAUGGUGCAAGUAGAUACGCCACUAACAGCAAAGGGGAAACAGUUGAUGACUUGUGUCCCAAUAUUGAUCAUCAUGUUGACCGACUGCAGCAACAGCAUGUUAUUACUAAACAUGUUCCGAAAUUUGAGCAAUUCUAUUGUGAAGUAUGCAGUUUGAAGUUUUCUGAUACAUCUCGCGAAGAACACGCUACCUCCACUGUCCAUUUAUUUAACUUGGGAUUGAAGCCCAAAACUGAUAAUUUUUCCAUUCAAAGUAAUAAUGUUGGUUUCCAGCUCAUGCAGAAGUCAGGAUGGGAUGGUGAAAGCGGGUUGGGUACGAAAGGUCAAGGUCAGAAAUAUCCGGUCAAAACUUCUCUGAAACGUGACAGACGCUGUCUUGGAAAUGGUGAAAAGGAAAAAUUAAAGCCAAAAGUGACUCAUUUUGGUCCAAAUGAUGAAACUGCUGUGAAAUCUCUACUGACGAGAGACAAACGGGUGAUAUCUGCAAGAACAAUAAGUAGACAAGAAAGGAAUAGGAAAAUAAAUACAGAUAAAAAGUGGGAGAGGCAUUUAAGGACUUACAUGAACUUAGAUUGAACCUUGUGUUUUAUAAUAUGUGCCAGCCCAAAUAAAAAGAUUGUAAGUCUGUUUGGUUAAGAACUGCUUAAAGUUAUUUGUUAGUUUAACAUGAAUUUGUUUACCCGGUACAUACAAUUGUAACAAUGUCGGCUUCACAUCAGAAGGAACAUAAAUUGUAGUUGUUUAAAAUAAAUGUGGGAAAUUAACUAAAGUAAAAUAUUCAAUAAGUCUUUGCAAAAAAUAUUUGCUAUUAUUAUGCCCCCUUUGAAGAAGAGAGGGUAUAUUGUUUUGCUCGAUGUUGGUCGGUCUGUCGGUAGAACAGUUUGUUUCUGAUCAAUAACUCGUCAAGUAAUUGACCGAUUGGCUUGAAUUUUCACAUGUGCAUUGGCCUUGGACAGUAGAUGACCCCUAUUAAAAUGGGGAUCACUAGCUCAAAGGUCAAGGUCACUAUCACAAUAAGUGUGAAAAUUGUUUCCGAUCAAUAACUCAUCAACGAAUCACUGAUUGGCUUGAUACUUCACAUGUGCAUUAGCCUUGGACAGUAGAUGACCCCUAUUGAAAUUGGGAUCACUUGGUCAAAGGUCAAUGGUCAAUAUCACACCAAGUGUGAAGAUCGUUUCUGAUCAAUAACUCAUAAACGCAUUGACUGAUUGGCUUGAUACAUGUACUUCCCAUGUGCCUUAGCCAGUAGAUGACCACUAUUAGCAUUGAGGUCACUAGGUCUCUGGUCACUGUCACAUUAAGAGUGAAAUUGUUUCCGAUCAAUAACUCGUAAACGUCUCGACCGAUUGUCUUGAUACUUACUUAAGUUACAUGUACCAUGUGCAUUGGUCUUGUACAGUAGAUGAUCGCUAUUGAAAUUGGGGUCACUAGGUCAAAGGUCAAGAUCAUUGUCACACAUUAAGAGUGAAAUCAUUUCCGAUCAAUUACUCAUCAACUGAUUCACCGAUUGGCUUGUUACUUCCCAUGUGCAUUGGCCUUGGACAGUAGAUGACCCCUAUUGAAAUUGGGGUCACUAGGUCAAAGGUCACUGUCACACAUUUAGAGUGAAAUCGUUUCCGAUCAAUAACAUGUCAACUGAUUCACUGAUUGGCGAAAAAAACCUAUUAAAAUUGGCGUCACUAGGUCAAAGUUCAAGGUUACUGUCACACUAAGAGUUAAAUAGUUUCCCAUCAAUAACUCGUCAACUGAUUCACCGAUCGGCUUGAUACUUCACAUGUGCAUUGGCCUUGGACAGUAGAUGACCCCUAUUGAAAUUGGGUUCACUAGGUCAAAGGUCAAGGUCACUGUCACACUAAGAGUUAAAUCGUUUCCAAUCAGUAACUCGUCAACUGAUUCACCGAUUGGCUUGAUACUUCUCAUGUGCAUUUGCCUUGGCCAGUAGAAAACCACUAUUAAAAUUGGGGUCACUAGGUCAAAGUUCAAGGUUACUGUCACACUAAGAGUUAAAUAGUUUCCCAUCAAUAACUCAUCAACUGAUUCACCGAUUGGCUUAAAACAUCCCAUGUGCAUUGGCCUUGGACAGUAGAUUAACCCUAUUGAAAUUGGGGUCACUAGUUCAAAGCCCUGUUUUGGGGGCAUAUGUCUCAGACUGUGGAACUCUUUUUGUUAUUAUUAUUAUUAGCAUAAUGAUCCACAUGUUAUGUGUUUGAUAACCCACUUUGCCAUUUUAGUUUAUUUUUUCGCAUAAAUAUUGUUUGAAGACGCAUUAUUUCCAUCAAUUAUGUACACUACUACGUACGGUAUGAUCACCUACUUUUCACAAACUGGUGUCCGCGAGUCUUCUUCAAAAUACGGUGCCAAUAAAAAGGAAGUUCGAAAUGCUGUGUUGGGAAGCAGAACACUGAAACUAGUUGAUGCAAGCAAACUCCUCUUACAGGUCACAAGUCACAAUCAAUUAGUAUGUCGAUCGAGGAACUAAACGGUCUCCACAAGAUAUUGUGCCUAUACAGAGGAGUUUCAGCCACUUAGCUGGUUACAUCCUGUAACAGUUUGACUGGCACUGUCGGCCCCAAGAGAACGACAUACAACCGCAUACUGGUAAAAUAAAAAUAAAUUUCAGAUUCACUACCCUGCAGCUCCGAAAAUUUAAAAACUUAAAAAGUUAAAAAAUCAUAGAACAAUAUUAAGUUUAGAGCACACAUUUAUGUUAUAUUUCAAACGUGUUUUUUUUUCAAAAGUUAUAUUGAUAAAGGUUUUGUUGUUUGAGGUGUUUUUUUAUUUAUUUAUUCAUGUUUAAUAUUCUGUAACUUUUUAAGUUAAUAGUAAAUUCAAAGGAAAUUUAAAUUUCAGGGGUCUAGCUAGGCUCAAAAUUUAGUGAAAAGUCACUUCUCCCUAAAGCCAAAAUAGGGAGAAUUGGUAACAUCUUUGGGAGAAAUGGUACAUUUGCGUCAUAGAUCUUAGUUUUACGUAUAUUUUUCAGCAACUUAACGGAUAAGUGGUUUCUGUUCAGCUUGCAAUCAACUCUUCACUUGUUUUAUACAAUAAGACAUGUUAAGUGUAUAAAACCAACAUUUUUCUUUUUUAUUAAUUGUUGAUUAUGAUUGUACUUUUAAUUAUUUUUUCCUGAACAGGUGUAUCAAAUAAACUUCAAUUGUAACAAGCCAGUAA